AUGGGAAAUGAAAUUUCCCUUCAGAAGGCCCCACCCACCCAACCAAUCCGACACCCGGUCUCCCGCGUCCCAGCCCACCUACGCCGGGCCCACCCCCAUGCCUUCGACCCCCUAACCCUCUCCCUCGGUUUCAUCCACAGCGACGACGAAUGGAAUGACUCAUUCGCCUUCAAAUCCAACUCCAUCUUCGCCUCUCUCUCCAGACCUGACUCCGCUUUCGAACCCCAAGAGCUCUGGAGCUGCAUCACCAAACACCUAUUAGAAGCAAAAAGCAUUUCUCCCAUCAUAUCAAAAAUAAAGGAUAUACAAAAUAAGGAAUCCCAUGAUCUGGAUUCGAUGGAAAUGUUGCAAGCCCUACAAAAGAAUUUUAACCUAUUUAGACUUGUGGGAGAUGUUGUUUUCCUAGUCUCAUGCUUCCUCACCAAUCUUCAUACCGACCUAGAAUCUCUACGAAGUAAAUAUGGAGUAGCCGCCAUUAACGAUGUUGUAAAACUCGACAACCAGUUACCGCUCGAGCUCGUUUUGGCAAUCGUUACAGACCUUCCUUCUGCGCUGAAAGCCACCGGAUCCGAAAAAUCGCAGAACAGUAAUACAAACGAAGUUUCCACUUCUAAACCCGAAACAUUUCGGGUCGGGUUCUCAGAGAACGAUUUCCCGCGAGUCAUUCUAAGUUUCUGCCAGUUCUACUCGCCUUUUCGGCAACCCAACUCGCCAAAUCUCGACUGGGGUAAGAAAAAGACUCUGUUGGACUGCUUACACGCAACCAUUUCCGGCGACUUUGAUUCUAAAGAAGCAAAAACCAGCACGGCUCGGUCUGAAAUAUCAGACCCAGAUCGCCCAACGGCUAAAGAGAUGGUUCGGGUAGGAAUUCGGUUCGAACCGGAAGGGGUUCAGAACAUAGCCGGAAUCCGUUUCGAGAACGGUGUUAUCCGGUUACCGGCUCUGGUUUUAAAUGAGCGGACGGAAACGGUUAUACGGAAUCUGAUGGUUCUAGAAGCUUCUUACAAGGAAAAGCCGGUAUCUGCUUACGUCCGGUUCUUGAAUAGGAUGGUGGAGAGCGGAGAAGACGUUGCGGUGUUGAGAAAAGCGGGAGUUUUGCAGGGGUAUUUUGGGAAAGAUGAGAAGGUGGCGGAAUUUAUAAAGGCAUUGGAUGACUUUCACUUCAUUCCUGGCUAUCACGUUCUUCCUAUUCAGAAGGCUUUGGAUGAUUUGCAGACUCAUUACGAUGGGAAAGUUAAGAUAAAGGAAGGGCAAGUUCUUUUAGUUGAGAAGAUUGAGAAGAAGGAAGAAGAUGUUGACCGUUUGUUGAAGAAAAUUGAGGAGAAGGAAAGGGUUGUGAAUCGUCUGGCUGAGAAUAUUGAGAAGAAGGAAAGGUAUGUGAAUCGUUUGGCUAUCUCAAUGGCUGUAGUUAGUUUGAUUGGGUUGAUUCUGCGCCUUGUAUUUGGGUCGUUGAAAUGA